GUAAUUUGUCAUGUCAAAGGCGACAUGACAGCUAGCCUAGCCUAGCCCCGCUCAUUCAGCACUGCUGAACCUGACUCCGGCUCGAGGUUUCGGCCAGAAGAGCUGCGUUUUCUGGCUUUGCCAGCUGUGGUGAGGAGAAAAGCGUGGGUUAUGGUCCAGCUUUAGAGGUGCAGCCUAAGCCCACCCCUCCCUGUGUCCCUGUGGCCGAGGGUCUGCGAGGAGGAGACGCUGUUACAGCCUUCAGGACUGUCUCACACAGAGAGAGAGGACUAGAUUUAAUGCCAGCCCCAACAAACAGCCAGACUGUGAUGGAUAAAUACCUGCCGCCUCAGUUCCAGCCAGGCUCAGAGCAUAAGUUCAGUCAGGACAGCUUUCUGACGAUGGAACAAGGUUCUCCCUACAGCAUCAACAUGAAUGUCUUUCUUCCUGAUGUCACUUAUCUCCGGACUGGACUCUGCCGGCCCGUGAGGCCCACUGCUCCACAAAUGAAGUCCGAACCCAUGCAAUCUCUCAACUAUCCAAGCUGUCACCAUACGCCAGCCCCAGAGUACUCACAGUUCUUCAGUACAGCAAACGGAGCCGGCAACAGCACUUUCAUCAAACAGGAGACGCCUCCAAUUGACUUUCAGGAUGUUCCUUUAUUUCAGCUAUUGAAUUCAGACCUGGAGCCUGCAGUGUCUGCUGCUCACUCUUUCAUUGAGCCUCACAACAGCGUUUGCUCAUCAAUGUCGUCAUACAGCAACAUUCACUCACAAGCCACUCAGAUUACAGGAAGGCCCAUGUGUGAUAUGGGCAGUAAUGGGCCUCCCUCCUCUGGCCACUUUGGUCAGCAGCAGCAGCAGAAAGCAGCCUACCUUCCUCCAUCCCCUCCAAACUCAGAGCCAGGGAGCCCAGACAGGAGGAAAGAACUCAUACACAACCUGUCACCACCACCCUCCUACGCUGCCAGCAUGGCAUCUAAACUGGCAGGGCCAGCCUUAGGCCCUGGGGCAGCAGCCAUGGCAGUACAAACACAAGCAAUGCAUGUCAGGUAUAACCGUAGGAACAAUCCUGAUCUUGACAAGAGGAGGAUACAUCAUUGUGAUGUCCCAGGGUGUAAGAAAGUCUACACCAAGUCCUCUCAUCUGAAGGCCCAUUUACGGACUCACACAGGCGAGAAGCCGUACAAAUGCUCCUGGGAGGGUUGCGAUUGGCGCUUCGCCCGUUCCGAUGAGCUGACGCGCCACUUCAGGAAGCAUACGGGGGCUAAGCCAUUCCAGUGUGCCGUGUGCAGCAGGAGCUUCUCCCGAUCUGACCACCUGGCCCUGCACAUGAAGAGACACCAGACUUAAAUCUACAAGCACUGCCUUGGCUAGUCAAUGCUCCAAGCUGCCUGCUUGUUUGUGUUGGUAGGCGUCGGUGUGUUGGUUACACUUUGGUUCCGGCAGCUCAUGAGGUGUACGGGAGUGAACUGUGUUGGCACUAGGCCUGUAGCCCCUGUGGGACACAACAACAGCUAAAUGAUGCCAACUUAGCUGAGAGAUUUGCCAUCAGCGCUUUUUUUUUUAUUUUAUCGUGUUCAUGACGAAAGUACUUUCAGUGCCUUUUCCAUUUUUAUUGAACAUAGAAGCUACUACAAAUGCAAAUGUACCGUCCAGUCCAUUGCACCUUACGAUGUAGCUAAAAAAAAGUUGGCAUUUCAGCCUUGGAUUCAUUUAGAUUUAACAAGGAUGGUCAUGAAAUUAAAGAGUUUUGUGAAAAAAACAUGAUCUUAUGCUAAUCCCAGAUAUUAGUUUUUUAGGAAAAAGAUUUGGGUGACUAUUGAAUUCUUUGUGUUUGUUAGUAACAUUAGCCUUGUAGCUCCAGUUCUAAACUUCUUCUACAUUAAUUUCACAACUGUCCUUGUUAAAGUUCAGUUAAUCUAAGGAGGAAAUCUCAUCCCAGUGGUCCAAGUUCCAAGGCCUGCUGAAGCCCAGAUGCUAAUUCAUAAAGACAAAAACAGCCCUUUUCAAAAGAACCACUUGAUUAAAAAGAGUUUAAUUCAAGCAUUGAAGUCUCAGAUACCAAAGAAAGAAGUAAUCCAUUGGAUCGGUGUUCCUGUGGAGGGAGGUAUUCAUGUGUUUUGUUUUGUUUUUUAAUCAAAGCACAAUUCAGAAAUGAACACUCCUGGACACUUCAAAUGGAAAGUUUCUAAUGCUGCAUUUCAUCAUAGAACAACCAUAAAUGCUGAUUUUAUGAUUUUUAUGGAUGGUUCUGAACAUUUAUUUGGAAUGUUAAAGCUUUAAGUGUACAUAUUGUAAUUGUUUUACUCUGUAUUAUUUAUUUUUUUGAGAUUGGGUGUUUUUCUACUCUAUAAAAGACUUCUCUAUGCACAUGGAAGAUGUGUGUAGAGCUCUGGGAACGAUGGUUUUAAUUAUUAAAAGAAAUCUUAUCUUUCAGAUUAGUGAAGAACUACAUGAUUGCCUUUAGAUAAGCAGAUGAUGCUUCAGUUUGUAACUGUAAGGCUUACAGAGUGUUUUGUGUGUACUGUAUGUGUGGUCUCAUAAACUUUACUUUCCACUGCAGUAAUCAAGUGUUUUUUUGGCUUUCUUCCUCAGAGAGAAAAGGUAUAUACAUAGUUAUAUGCAAAACUUUGGGCGGCCC